AAAGAGAGCCAUCCCCUCCCCUCCUUCACUCAUUAGCUCGACCAAGCACCAAGGAAGAGGAAAGAAACCUAUCAACUCAUCCUCCAUAGCCACCAAAUUCGAGCUCAAGCUUAAGUGCCCAAAGAAGGAAGAUUAAAGAGGGAAAAGGUUGGGAAAAGUGAAGAAUUAAGGCACUUGUAAAAGUCAUUUCAAGUGAUUUCACAAAGUUGGAAAAUUCGCCGGAGUUGUCGCCGGAGUUGACCAAAAGUCGCCGGAGUUUCACCGGAGUUCAACCAAGAGGGGUAGAACUUCAUAACGCUAGUUCAAGAGGAACAGAGGCAAUGGAGUGGAGAGCGGCAAUUCACUGAAGUAAUAACAAAAACCUGAAUUGCGAAAUACAUUGUGAUGGGAGACGAUUGUGGCGAAAGAAAGAAAACAGAAACUUGUAGUAGUAGGCCAUCAACAUUGCGGCAAUUCACUGAAGAGAAGGACUCCAUAUUGACAUUUGCAGUGACACAGUUUGGGAGAAGAAGCUGAAUGACGAACGAAAAUGGAGACGGGCGGAUGGGUUAUAAACUUAUAAUUAUUGCAGGGUAUUUUGGGGGUUAGAUAAUUUUGUUGGCAUUAUCAUUAGUCAUAAAGUUGGAGGUAUUUACAAUUUUACCUAGAAGCUAUUAGAAAGUGUGGUACUCUAGCUUUUAGAUUUUGGCUUUAAAGUACUUUUUUUAAGCCAAAGUUGGGAUUAGCAAACACUUAUUUUUGCUUUUUUAAUCUAAAAGCUCCAAAGCACUUUUUUUAAUCAAACAAAAACACUCCUUUUGUUUUGUUUUUUCUUUCUGGCCAAACCGGUUUUAUCAAAUUUUGUUGGCUAAACAACCACCUUUAAUUAUCAUUUUAGAGAAUACUUCGCAUAAGCUAUCGUUUUAGGACUAAAAUGCAAAUAAUAGAAAUAUAGAAUCACAAUAUAUACUAAUAUGCGUACGGACGUAGUGAACGUACCAACUACCAAGGAUGGUGAGAUGGCAUGAUACAUUAAUUUGAUUGGUUUAAAAAGUUUGGUGCCGGUGCCUUGUAAAUUAAGAAAGGUAUGGUACGGUAGAAUUUUUUUCCUUGAAACCCCUGUGAAACUCGCAUGCAGAAAACGGAAGUCCUCUACAUUAUAUAUAUACUACGUACUUGGUACUCGAUCUGGCCGUACGUCAAUUGAGAUCAACGUCUGAAACCCUAGCUAAUCCAUCAUCAUCAUGUCAUCGAGCCGAUUUGAGGCAUUCCGGCUCUUGAAAACCAUGUUGCAGUUCCCUGCAGAAUUCAAACUAGUCCAGGCGGAGAACCUUGUGGCCCACGCCUCGUAUAAAUACGUGUUCGGGAAAACCAUAAUGGAGAUGGUGAAGAAGGUCCUUCCAGUGAAGAGUAAAGAGUCUCUUGUGGAUGAAAUCCUGAGGGAUCUGGAAAAAGUUGAACAUGGAGUUCAGCAGCUUCUUGAAAUCUACCGGAAGGAGCAGCAGUCAGCCGAAAAAGGUGAUGAUGAUGAUGAGAAGGAGGAAGGGAAUUAAUGGAACCGGCUGGUCCAAUGACUCAGGCUCUCAUUCCAAGGUACGUGCCGUCUUACUUAUUACCGAUCGUCAUUCCGUGUCAAAUCUGUGUCAAUCACGUAAUAAUUAAAUCUGACGGAAUUGAAGCCAUCAAAAGCCUUAGCAGUUACGACUUACGAGCAUAUGUACGUACGAAUUGAAGUAUGUAGAUACCUACUAUACGCUGUACAUGUGCAUGCCUAGAUAGUUGCCUCGGCAAUAAUUACCGGUACAAAAAGAAAAUAUGUAAAAUACUCAAUACUACGUACUCCGGGUAUAUGCUAAUAACAAUAUUAAUAUUGU